AUGAACCUUGCUAGUAUGAAUGCACAAGCCGUGCGCCUCUUGCAACGAGGACGUCCUGAUGAAGCCGUAUCCCUUCUAUUGGAAGGGUUUGAAAGACUCGACGUCCUGAACACUGAUGUUCCGGAUGAAACAACAGUAUCGGAUGUUGCUUCUACGUUUUCGACAGUGUCUGCUGAUGGCGCCUCUAGUGGCUUGGUUUCAUUGGGCAAGAUACCGCCAUCAUCCUCAGCAGACAACAAUGCCGAUCAAUGCAGUCAAUACUCCAUCAAGCACGUCGCAUCCAGAGCCGCGAGUGAACCAUCCAGUCGCAGGUAUCAAGCAGCAGCCAGUCGGGCUGCAGAAGCUCGCCUAAGACAAAGUCGAUCUUUGGAUGAACCUCUCCUGCAAACUGUCGAUUCUGAUGUAUCGGAUAUCUCUGCGGCAACAGCGUUAUCAGCCAUUGACUUUGGACAAAGUGAGAACCAGUCCGAAGUGGAAUCUGUAGAGAUGUCACUGUCACUCCAAGAUGAACAGAGGGCAGCUGAAGAGGACAUUGCCAGUACGGAACCAUUGCACAACUCCACCACCACCCAUUUAGAAAGCGUCGCCCUACCAGAGUUCUCAGAUGUUGAUAGCAGAGACAUGGCCAAUCCAACAGAUGAGGAAACCACUUCCUCCGCCAACAGCAACCAGUCCGUAUCCGAAAAUAUUUUCACGUUUUAUCAACGAGCCUUUGUGCUUACAACAACAUCAGCAACAAUGGAAAGUAGCAACCUGGAGGGUGACAACAACAACAACGAUGACACGUCCAAACAAUCCGCAGUGCUGCUGUAUAACAUGGCCGUGGCACAUCACAACUAUGCCCUUUACCGCCGAGAUCCCGUAGCCGCACACGGGGAAUUCCGCACCGCUUUGGUGUUUUAUGACAUGGCCUUUUCCAUGAUUCAGGAAUCAUUGGCGACCGAAGAGGACGACGAAGACUUUUUGUUGCUCUUGUUGGCCGUAUUGAAUAAUCUGGGCCAUAUUCACGCUCACCGCUACAAUUAUUUGGAAACGCAAGAAAUGUUGUCAUCUCUGCAAGAGAUACUAGCCGCCAUUCGACCUGCAUCGGGCGAAGCAUCCAUUAUGGAUUGCAGCCGUAACAACCGAGACGACUUUCUCUUCUUUUACAAAAAUCUGGUCGUCUAUCAAGAGCAAGAGUUCGCGGCAGCUCCAGCCGCUUGA